AUUCAGCCGCCGAUUCAGCCGCCGAUUCAGCCGCCGAUCCAGAACAGGUUCUCAUAUACUGCCGAAGCAGAUCCGGGAAACGCCAGGCAGCAGCAACAUGUAGAGCCUUACCCUACCGAGCUGAUGGUUCCUGCUCCAGGUCUUCAACAACCAAGACCCUACACACAACCCUACGCGUAUGCAGUUCACACCGGGAGCACGGCACAACAGUUUCACGCAGCGCAUCAAAGCGCACCAGUGCAGACCUUCCACACUGUGCCGUCACCUGUGCUCAACACUACUGCGCAGACAAACAGCCAUGUCGCUACUCAACCACAAAGCGUUGCGCCACCAACACAUGUUCCUCUGCAAACGCCCCAGAGUCUACCAAAUCCAAUAGGCACUCUGCCACGCGAGCAGCAACCUUGGAACCAGGAAAUAUUGAGGAGACAGGAGGAGGAGGCACAAAGACCAGAAGUGCAGGCAAUUUUGAAGCAGCGCCAAGCAGACUUGGAGGCAUAUCUGGAACUACAACGACGCGAGGAUCAGGGCAGGGUAGACGCUCAGCAGCACAUGCAGCCUGUGGCGCCAGUAUCUUAUGCUCCCUCACCACCCGUCACUGGUCAGCAGUUGAUCUAUGAUCCAGCCACUGAGACCUAUACUCUAGCAAAUCAGGGGCAGGGGGCAGCUUACACGACUGCGCCAGCCCAUCAACACGGUGCCUACCAACAAGUCGUCCCAAGCCAGCAAUACCAAGCCCCUCACACUUACAUGCAGCAUCAGGGCGCUACUCCUGGGGUCUUCACAAACACAAGCGUGAUCAAUCAACCAGUCUCUAAAGAGAAGAGGCCAUCAAGCACGGCGAAAUGGAUGAAUAAGUUGCAUGACCUAUCCGCGGGUCUUGCCAACUUGCAAUUACAACUGAUGCCUCCCGGAGCAGCAGCAACCACGGCGACUCCGGACGGACAAGUUUCUAGCGCUGCGCAGCAGCCCUCCGUGGCAGUGCAACAACCCUUUGCGCCCAGUCAACAACCUCCCAUAACAACGUCCGUGGGACAGCCAUAUUCUUCGCCUCCCCCGCUAAUCGCAACGCCGCAGCAGACGGGCAACACUAUCCCCAAUGCAUAUUCGGGCCCGGGAACGGCUGUGACGAUGCCCACCACUUCGAUUGCGCGCCACGACCCAGCGGUGGUCUUGCAGAGUAGUGCCUCUCAGCCAUUGAACCCUAUGGCGUCCAUCUCACAACCACAACACGCUCUUCCGCCUAGUCAGUACCACGACUCGCCGCCACAAUGGUCACGGCAGCAGGAACAGGAACACCGCCACCAACAGCAGAAUCUCGAUCCAGAAUCUUGGAUUCGCCCCGCGCCGCGCAUGAGCACGAACUCGCCACCGAACAGCAUUAUCUUUGACUGUCCCGCUCCCCGUACGCUUGAAUACGAGGCAACAUGGUACUUCCUACCCGCAGUCCCAGACUUUCUGGUAUGCACGCGCUGUCACGAGAGAUACAUCUCUGGGACGAUCAUAGCGUCGAGAUUCCAGUCUGCCAGACUUUCGGGCCAAGAAGUGGAUGGAAAAGUCAACGGCGUUCGUGGUGGGGGAAACAGGUGCCGCUUCAAUGUACCGCGGCUGACGCGGGUCCUGAUCCCAGAGGUGAUUCGCAAAGGAGGCCAAAACUUAGGACCUAUAGAGGAGUACAUGACGCGGCGCUUGGCCAUGCUAGAAUGCCCUGGCACAAACCAAGUGAAGAACACAGCGGGCAUCAAGUGGUUCAGCAUCAAGAGCAUGACGACUGACGAAGGGCUGCCAUUGCCCGACAUAUUCCAAUAUGUCGUGGUAUGUGAGGCUUGCUAUGAGGAACAGAUCUUGGGGACAAGGUUUGCGAGCAAGCUUGGGUCACGGAAAGAACCACAGCCAGAGGAUCAGACGUGGCUCUGUGAUUUUGGCGGGUUUCCCAUCAUGACUCGGGCAUUACUCCGAUUUUCACAGCAGGACAUUGCCGAUGAGCAGGCUAGGGGCGACUCAUUCGUACCGAGCGAUAAGCACUGGCUCGACUUCACAAAUCUCGUUGGUCCUCGCUGGCGCCUCCCCAAGUGCGAAGGGUUCCGCAAGGCCGUUGAGCCGACUAGCCGCAAGUGGUUCCGUGCCACACAGCUCCACGAGCUCGUCUUCUGCGAGCCAUGCUACCUUGACAAGAUCAAGUUGACACCCUUUGAGCCACACUUUGAGCAAGUGCAAGAUGUCUCCCAUACUGGGUUGUCCUGGAUGGAUGCAGCACUAGGAUACACAACCGAGGAGGUCUCGCUGCGAGCCUGCCAGGCCUCAUCGCGGCCCAUGAUUAUCACCCUCAACAUCGCCCUCGGCAGAGAGGACCUGGCAAUGCUCAUCCGCGUCGCGAGGACGAUAUUACAGAGUCCUGUGUGCACGGAUCAGGGACUCGAAGACAAUAAGCUCAACAAGAUCACAGGCGGACAGUGGUACCGCCUUGCAUCCACGGCCGGAGGACCGGGCGGCGAGAACAAGUUCCGCAUAUGCGAGGCGUGCCACGCGUGCCUGGCCACAUCCCUCUGCCUCGACUCCUACUGGCAAUCUGAACCGCCAUCCCUGGCCGAGGGCCAACGAUUUGUGUGUGGUCUGCACACUGGCGCACCCAGGGGCAAGGAGUUUCUCACCAAGCUCAACGAGGCCAUCGACACGGGUGUCUGGGCGAGGUUUGAAAACCACGUGCGUGUAUGGAUCGAUAUCCCGCCCUGUCCGCGGUACUCGCACGAUGGAACAGCCGGGAGGCGCUGGUUCGGCUGGGAGGACUGCCUGAUUUGCCCGGAAUGCUGGGUUUUGUUCUGCGAGCCUGCCAUCUCCAAGGCUGUCAAAGCUGGAGAACAGGGCACCCGCGAGCAACAAGGUACCACACUGGGUUUGCAGGGCGAAGAAAAAGGUGGAAGGGAACUCGGGUUGCCGCUCCAUGACAAGGUUGUUGCUGAUGCUCGGAUGUGCUGCAUGUACUCACCCCGCAUGCGCGGAAUGUUCCUCGCCGUGGUGCAAGAAAAGCUUGGUACGGCCAGUAGUCAGAGCCGUACCGUUGGGCAGUCUGCCUCGGCUCAUCCUGGCACGGCCGCAACCAUCUCUCCUGCCAUCAACGAUCCCACUUUAGUAUCACCAGAGGGCCCAGCAGAACAAGCCCUCCUCGCUCAUGCUCGUCACCGCCACGCCGUCUACGCCCAGACAAUCCCGCAGGUCCAGAUGAUCAAGCAGAUGCGCGAGAUGCAGAUGAUGCAGUCACUGCAUAGCGGCAUGAUGGGGCUCAUGUACCAGGGCAGCUCGGCGAUCCAGAGCAUCGCCGGCAACAACGACGGGUACUCGUAUGGGAGCAGCACGCUGGGGUGGCAUGACAAUGCCAACGGGGCGACGAGCGCGGCUUUCUUUGACCAGAGCCGGGCUCAGGGCAUGGGCAUGGUCGCUGGGACCGCGGGGGAUAUGGCGAUGGCGAGGAGGUUGCUGGAGCAGUGGCAGGCUGUGGAGUGAUCUUGUUGUGCGACUCUUCUUGUUGUUCUAGUUAGCGUUGCAACUAAAUAUCAUCCAUCUAUGAACAGGUC